AUGGUCUCUGCACAUAAUUUAUCUUUUAUUGGCUUGGUGGAAUCUAAAAAAGAACUCAUCGAUGAAUUUCUUGUUAGGAAAAUAUGGCCUAAUCUAGAUUUUUCUUUUGAUUUUGUUCCUUUUAUUGGUGCUUCGGGUGGUUUGUUGCUCAUUUGGAAUAAGGUAUUAUUGAAUAAUUUUUCUGUUUCGAAGGGUGCUAGAUGGAUUUGUAUGGAUUUUGCUCAUAAUAAUGCCUUGUAUCGUCAUGUCCUUAUUUGUGCUAGUAACGUGACAUAUGAUAGAUCUUUAUUAUGGCAUGAAUUGAACCACCUUAUGGGUUUUAUGGGUAUCAUUUUUUCUAGUGGUGACUUUAAUGAAACCAUGGCUCAUGAAGAAAGGUUGAAUAGUACGGGUUUUACUGCAUUGAUGCUAGCUUUGCGUGAUUUUGUCAACAACUGUGAAUUGCUGGAUCUACCUCUGCAAGGAAGGCUUUUCACUUGGCAAAACUCUUACUCCAAAUCUCGCAUAGAUAGAUGUUUGAUUUCGGCAACUGCAUGUCCUUUGUGGCCGAAUAUGACCUUAUCUACUCUGCCGAGUGGCCAAUCGGACCAUGUUCCUAUUUGUUUCCGCUCUGAAAAUGGCAUAGAUUGGGGUCUAAAACCGUUUAGUUCGGUUGAUGCUUCGUGGGAUCAUGAUGCUUUUGGUGGUUUUGUCAAUGACAGUUGGAGUUUGGUCUAUGAAAAUUCUCAUAAUCUUGUAGAGCAAUUUGAAGAGGAGAAGACCGAGUAUGGCAAUCUUAAAUUAGCUCUGUGGGAGGCAGAGAAAAGGGUGGAAUCUCUUUUGAUUCAGAAAUCAAGGCUUAAGUGGAAUUUAGAGGAUGAUAAGAACACGAAGUUUUUUCACAGCAUAGCUUCGAAUCACUAUAGAAACAAUUACAUUGCUUCUAUUCUGGUGGAUGGGAUUAUUUAUACUGAGCCUCAGGAUAUCUGUUUUCAUAUCAGAGAGUUUUACUAUAAACUCUAUAGUCGGCAGGAUACAACCGAUUUUGUCAUCUCUGUUUUAAACUUUGCAACACUCAACACUGUGUAG